GAAAGUUGUAAAGUAAUUUUGUCGAAAAUUAAAAAUGACUAUUAUUUACGAGGCAAAUUCUACAGACAAUGCAAUACAGUUAAUCGAUGAUAUGUUUAGUAAAUGCAUCAAUACCAUUGCUAAUAAUGUUAAAGAUCCAGAAGAACAGAAUGAAUAUAUUAAAAUUUUAGAAAAAACCGUAUAUCAUUGUGCUAAUUUAAAUGUAAAACAUAAACAUCUUGAAAAAGUAAUUCAAGAAUCCAAAGCAGAAUGCGCAGAGAAAGGUGAAAUUAACAUAAAUCAAGUGUUCCAAGAAAACUCAAAAUCAGUGAAAUAUGAAAAUAAUGAAAUGCAAGUUGAAAAUCAUCAAUUCGUAAGAAAGUUUAAAAAUAAAACUGCAAAAUUAUUACAAGCAAAUGAAGAGGCAGCUGCAGCUGCUGCUCCAACUAACACACCCAAUAUGCCUUUAGAUCCAAUUACUCAAGUACCUAUUGUUAGUCCAGUAAAAAAUAAAAAAUGUGGACAUUUUUACGAAAAAAGCUCUAUCAAAAAAAUGUUGGCGGCAGCAAAAAGGAAAGGAAUUCGGUGCCCCUAUGUUGGCUGUGCUACUCAGAAUUAUUUUGUUUAUGAUGAUCUAGAUGAAAAUGUAUCAUUAUCUCAGGAAGAAUUGAAUAACUCAGAAGUUAGUAUUGAUGAAACCAUUGAGUAG